AUGGCAAAGUCUAAGCAGACAGCAGAGGAGCGCAUGCAUGCGAUGAAAAUGCUACUCGAUGAAAAUCUCAUCCACACAGACAAAAUCGGAUCUUCAUCUGUUUUUUGGGCUCUGAAGAGCGAAGCGACAGCUCAAAGACUGUCGGCUCUGGAAAAGUUGAGGGCGCACAAAUCAGAGCUCGAGUGCGCCUUGAACGCAUUAAAACGCGAACUCUCUGAACGCAAGUGUGUUUCACCCGAGGAAGUUCAAAGAGCUGAAGAGAUGUCCCGACAGUUAUCUGAGCUCAGAAAGCAGGUGGCUGAGGCCGCUUCCAACGAUCCAAUUAGAAUCAAUACCAUGAUCAAAGAAAACCAAUACGCUCGGGAUGCCGUGAUCCGGUGGACCGAUAAUAUCUGCUGUAUUAGACAGUUUAUGAAGCAGCGCUUCGGUGUUUCAGAAGAGGAAGUGAACAGAAGAUGCGGCAUACCACCGGGCAUCGACGACUUGCAGAAGCUCGGACUUUAA